AUGUUUCUUGCCACAAAACUCUUUAUCCUCUUCUGUUUGAUUGGAUCUUCCAUUGCAAAACAUAUUCCAGAUCAGGAUUCCGAAGAAGAACAAGAUCGAGAUGUGUGUAUGUCAGCUACUAUUGACUACUGCAGAUACUUCAAAAAGAUGAUUGAAGGAUGGAUACGUGAAACAAACGAGAGAUAUCCAUUUUGGAAAAAUACAAACCACAAAGGUUAUUUAGACAGAUCUUUUAUUCUGCAACGCAAAGCUCAAGAUUAUGUUGAGCAAUGGAACAAGUGGAAGCGUUAUUCGGGAUAUCCAUACCGUGACUUGCGGAACAAGAUAGGUGUGCUGUGGCCACACCAAGGUGAUAAUUGUCCUGAAUUUGAAGCUACAAAUCUCUUGAUCUACAUGAUACAUGGUCUGACUAGUCCAUAUGAUUUCACACUAAGUCCUUGA